AUGAACGAAGACAAGGAAUUUUAAAAGAAAGUACAAGUAGCAGUGGAUUCUUAUUUGGGAAGGAAGGACAAACAAUCGUUGAUGGCUGAGUAGAUUUAAAAUGUCUUGGAAAGGGAGUAAUUGAUCGAUCAAGUGCAAAGAUUAAUUGUAGAAUUGAUUACAAAAUUGACAGAGCGUUUCAUAACUAAUAUGAAAAAGCAAGUGGAGAACGAGAUAUUGAAAUUGAGGGAAACCAUACGAUCGACUCAUCAGAGAACCUAUUCAGCAGUAGACAAGGAGAAAGUGGAAGAUCAAGUGCAAAGGACUCUGAAUAAACAUGAUGUUUAGAUAAAUAUGCUAUUGGAACAUCAGUAAUUUGAUUCUAUUCUAUAUUGUAGAGCUUAAUUGAAAUAAAUGAGAUCGGAAGCCACAGGCAAUGACAUGAAAGAAAGAGUUGGAAAGUACUAUUAAGAAGGAUUAAGAAGCCUUGAAGUUAGAAUUGGAGGAGCAGCUAAAAUCUUACUAGAGGAAUUACAAUUGUAUUUAUAUUAUGUGUAAUGGGUAUUAGAGAAACAGCAAACUAUUAUGCAGAUUCUAAAUGAUUUAGUUGUAAAGAUUGAGAAGAUCGAAUUGUCAUAAAGUCAGCAACAAAUGCCCAUUGUUUCAGAUAAAAAGAAAAGGUGA